AGCGUGUUUACUGUAAUUUAAAGGCUAAAAAUACCUUCUCGUACAAGGCGGAGGAAUAUUUUCAUGUUUAACAAAGAAAGUUUGGAAACUGAGUGAAUUGUGAAAAUUUAAAACUUUCAAGUGAGUCGAUAAUCGAAAAAUGGACUUAUUUUUCGAUUUGUUCGACUCAGAGAAGAAGAGAAGGGCAAAUACUGACCCCCGAUUAAGGACAGGGAGUGGUGGGGAACUACCCCCUCUUAGGAGGGAGAGGGGGCAUCAUGUGUUAAGUUUUAGGAAGUAUGACAAUACCAGGGAGUCCACUCGAAUUCGUGACGAGCGGAUGCGUCGUGAACUUCAUCGUUUGUACCUCUGGGACGUCAAAGAAUUUUUGGCCAAAGCCAAGGAAGAAUUCCAAAACAAAUGGGACCACCCUGGUCAAAACACUUCUUGUCUAGAUGACUUUGACAGAAUUAAGACCCUAGGGACAGGGUCAUUUGGAAGGGUAAUGUUAGUACAACACAAAGCCAACAAAGAAUUUUAUGCCAUGAAGAUACUAGACAAACAAAAGGUAGUGAAAUUAAAACAAGUUGAACAUACCCUGAAUGAGAAGAAGAUUUUACAGGCCAUACAGUUCCCAUUUCUGGUUUCUUUAGAUUUCCAUUUUAAGGAUAAUUCUAAUCUGUACAUGGUGUUAGAGUUUGUGACGGGUGGUGAAAUGUUCUCACAUUUGAGGAGGAUUGGACGGUUUAGUGAGCCACAUUCCCGGUUCUAUGCGGCCCAAAUAGUAUUGGCAUUUGAAUAUCUUCAUUAUCUGGAUCUCAUAUACCGAGAUCUCAAACCUGAGAAUUUACUUAUAGACUCCCAAGGUUAUCUGAAAGUGACAGAUUUUGGAUUUGCCAAGAAAGUGAAAGGAAGAACAUGGACCCUUUGUGGUACCCCAGAAUACCUCGCUCCAGAAAUCAUUCUUAGCAAGGGCUACAACAAAGCAGUGGACUGGUGGGCAUUAGGUGUACUAGUGUAUGAAAUGGCAGCAGGGUAUCCCCCAUUCUUUGCAGAUCAACCCAUCCAAAUCUAUGAAAAAAUUGUUUCAGGAAAGGUGCGGUUUCCCUCACAUUUUAGCCAUGAUUUAAAAGACCUUCUGAGGUACUUACUACAAGUAGAUCUGACAAAGCGAUACGGCAAUUUAAAGAAUGGUGUCAAUGACAUCAAAAACCACAAAUGGUUCUCAGCAACAGACUGGAUUGCUAUAUACCAGAAAAAGGCAAACGCCCCUUUUGUUCCAAGUUGCAAAGGACCUGGGGAUGCCAGCAAUUUCGAUGAUUAUGAAGAGGAACCACUCAGAAUAUCUUCCACAGAAAAGUGUGCAAAAGAGUUUGCUGACUUUUGAACUAAUACACAUUAGGAUGCUGAAUGUUUUUAUGACUGGGAUACAGACCUUAAAAAAUAUUCAUGGAUCUCUAUCCCACAUGUGCAAUACACACAUGAUAAAAUGGAUACUGAAUGUGUGUGUGAGAGAGGAGUGCAUCUCAUGGACACUGUGAUAGUGAGGCAUUGCUCCAUCUACUGCUUAAAGGCCAGGCCCUAGUGCUAGGACUAGUCCAGCCAUUAUUUAUUGGUGUUAUUUGUCUUGUAUGUGUAAUUCUCAGAUGGAAUGAUUUUAACUUACACAGUUUAUUUGUAACCUUGAAGCUUUAUCUAUUUUCAGCAUUUUGUGUACAAGAGAGAAACACGAAAUCCUUUUAUAAAUCAUAUUGCAUUAACACGUUUCAUACGGUUGAAAUAGUGUGAAUGGAAUUUACUUUUAUUAGCAGGACACAUAGAGAUUUGGUAUAACAGUGGUUGCCAAAAAUUGUAUUCAAUUGUUAUUAAAUGUUUCAAGUGAUGACAUACUCAUAUUGACAGUUACUUCAUUGACAUUUCUCGUUUUCAAUUACAGUGUCAAUCAACUGAACUUUUCCUUUGGCUUUUAGAUUCCUUGAUAGUUGUUUUAUUGCAAAUUUAUUAAAAAUUUAUAUAUAUAGAUCUGCAAUAUAAACCAAUUUAAGAUAUUUUUUUUGUGAAUUAGAAAUGUUGUCUUUUUUUAUUGCAGUCGUACAUUGCUGAAAAUGUAUGGUUGCAAAUCAGUUUGUUAGCUUUAUGUUAGAAUGUGUUGCCGUAUGUGUAUAUUUUAAGUUUGUAAUUUCAGAUAUGCAUUUACUGAAAAUUGCAUAAAGAGUAUCUUUAUAUUUAACAUAUAAAAUUUUGUUUUAAAAUUUUAAAGGUAAUUCAAGAUAAAAAUCAAUCCA